GCCAGAACGGUUGGCCUGGUAGGACAGACCAACUGAAAACAGUGCCCGGACGGGAGGAGGGCGCGCCGUCAGGGGGAAUUUCGCGUUCGGCGUGAACGCUCGUCACUCGAAAUGUCGUAAGGCUUAUCAGAAUCAUGCUUCCACUUUGGAGGAAGGGGAACGACGGAGGAGAUAAAGCCAGAAGCGUUCGGCCCACAGUUUCGGGGCGAGGUGUGCGCGCAGCGCUCGUGGUGUAAUCAUGAUGGCAACGCGAAGCACAUCCGGGCUACGAUGCUUGGACUCCAUUAUUGUUCAUCAUCCACUGUGAAGCUGGAGAAAGAGGGAAAAGAGGGCAAUUUAAAGGAUAUUGCGCUGAUAUUGUGACAACUGCUCAAGCUGGAAAGCGGAGGGACAUGUCUAACCAGGGCGCUAGGAGGAACGGGCCGACCAAACUGCGUCUGACAGUGCUAUGUGCAAAAAACCUGGUGAAGAAGGACUUCUUUCGGUUACCUGACCCCUUUGCCAAGGUGGUAGUGGACGGCUCAGGACAGUGCCACUCCACAGAUACCGUGAGGAAUACCCUCGACCCCAAAUGGAACCAGCACUAUGAUUUGUACAUUGGCAAGUCUGAUUCCAUCACCAUCAGUGUAUGGAACCAUAAGAAGAUUCACAAGAAGCAAGGUGCUGGGUUCUUGGGCUGCGUGAGGCUGCUGUCCAACGCCAUCAGCCGCCUUAAAGACACUGGCUAUCAGAAAUUGGACCUCAACAAGCUGGGCCCCAAUGACAAUGACACUGUGAGGGGGCAGAUUGUGGUGAGCCUUCAAUCCCGGGACCGUAUCGGAUCAGGCGGGCCAGUUGUGGACUGCAGCCGCCUUUUUGACAAUGACCUACCUGAUGGCUGGGAAGAACGGAGAACAGCAACGGGCCGGAUCCAAUACCUCAACCACAUCACACGCAGCACGCAGUGGGAGCGGCCUACCAGGCCGGCAUCGGAAUAUUCCAGCCCUGGUCGACCCCUCAGCUGCCUGGUAGAUGAGAACUCACCCAUCCUCGAUGCCAAUGGGGCUGCAUGUGGGCCGGUUAGCGACCCACGGGCCCAGGAGCGACGUGUGCGCUCACAGAGGCACAGGAAUUACAUGAGCAGGACACAUCUGCACACACACCCUGAGCUUCCCGAAGGCUACGAGCAGCGGACUACCCAGCAGGGUCAAGUGUAUUUCCUCCAUACCCAGACAGGUGUCAGCACGUGGCAUGACCCCAGAGUGCCCAGGGACCUUAGCAAUGUGAACUGUGAGGAGCUAGGACCUCUUCCCCAUGGUUGGGAGAUCCGCAACACUGCCACCGGCCGUGUUUAUUUUGUGGACCACAACAACCGCACCACACAGUUUACUGACCCACGUCUUUCUGCUAACCUGCACCGUGUCCUCAAUAGCCCAAGCCCCACUGGUUCACGGGCUGGGAUCGAGAACAGCAGUGCCAGCCGUCAUGGCCAUCUGAAAGAAUCCCCCCUGCAGUCCCUAGUGUCCCCCGGUCAGCUAUCUGAGGAGGCAGAGUGUCUGACUGUACCCCGCUACAAGCGGGAUUUGGUGCAGAAGCUGAAGACACUGCGGCAGGAGCUGUCUCAGCAGCAGCCCCAGGCCGGGCACUGCCGUGUUGAGGUGUCCCGUGAAGAGAUCUUUGAGGAGUCUUAUCGGCAGGUGAUGAAGAUGAGGCCAAAAGACUUGUGGAAGAGACUUAUGGUGAAGUUCAGGGGAGAAGAGGGCCUUGAUUAUGGAGGAGUAGCCAGGGAGUGGCUGUAUCUGCUGUCGCAUGAGAUGCUAAAUCCUUACUAUGGGCUGUUCCAGUACUCUCGUGAUGACAUCUACACCCUGCAGAUCAACCCAGACUCUGCCGUCAACCCGGAGCACCUGUCGUACUUCCACUUUGUGGGUCGCAUCAUGGGAGUGGCGGUGUUCCACGGGCACUACAUUGAUGGUGGUUUCACGCUGCCCUUCUAUAAGCAGCUGCUGGGCAAGCCAAUAACAUUGGAUGACAUGGAGUCUGUGGACCCAGAUCUCCACAACAGCCUGGUUUGGAUCCUGGACAAUGACAUAACAGGUGUUCUGGACCACACCUUUUGUGUGGAGCACAGUGCAUAUGGUCAGAUUGUCCAGCACGAGCUAAAGCCCAAUGGCAAGAGCAUUCCAGUCACAGAGGACAACAAAAAGGAGUAUGUCCGGUUGUAUGUGAACUGGAGAUUUCUGCGUGGCAUUGAAGCCCAGUUCCUGGCCCUGCAGAAGGGCUUCAACGAGGUCAUUCCUCACCACCUCCUGAAGGCCUUUGAUGAGAAGGAGUUGGAGCUGAUUGUUUGCGGUCUCGGCAAGAUUGACGUGAGUGAUUGGAAGGCCAACACGCGACUAAAGCACUGCACGCCUGACAGCAACGUGGUGCGAUGGUUCUGGAGGGCAGUAGAGUCAUACGAUGAAGAGCGCCGUGCACGGCUGCUGCAGUUUGUUACUGGCUCCUCUCGUGUCCCUCUGCAAGGCUUCAAGGCUCUUCAAGCAGGUGCUGCAGGGCCCAGGCUCUUCACAAUCCACCAGAUAGAUGCCAACACCAACAAUCUACCCAAAGCCCACACCUGCUUCAACAGGAUAGAUAUCCCUCCAUAUGAGAGCUACGAGAAGUUAUAUGACAAGCUGCUCACCGCCAUCGAGGAGACGUGUGGGUUUGCUGUGGAGUGAGGGGCCGUCAGCCGGAUUUCACAGGACAGAGAUCCCACUAAAGUCAGAGUGGGAUUUCCACGGGAUAGCCCCACUAGCUCUCCCCUCAUGGCUGGUAGGGGGUGCAUGUUGCUGGAUGAGGGGUUGACAAAAAGAGACCCACCGUAUACAAGCACUUGCCCUCAUCCUAUUUUUUUCUUCCUUUUAUAAUUCCUUGUUUCAGCUGCUAAAAACUGUGCCGAACAGUUGCGCACACACAGCAAUUCUGGCUUUCUCUGCAACUUUGUUCUUAGCAUUAAAAGAAGACAGUGUUUCAUGUCUCCUGCAAAUGGAGCAAAAUACCAUGAAUGGACUAUAAUGACUGAAGUACAACAAGCAGAACUACUGACAGUACUGCUGUCUUGAAGGAAAAGAGAAACUUUUUACCAGUGUACACCAGACUGGGAGCUGCUGUGAUCUAUGGGGAAUAAUUGGUGUCCAGAGUGUAUAUAGCUACCCAGAGACCAGCUGAGUCUGUAUUUUUUUUUAAUGACUUCUAGAAUUAUUUUUAUAUAAGGAAAUGGGGGGGAAAAAAAAAACAAUCCAACAUAGAUUGAGUUUGUUCCAUGAAACUUUUUUAGUGUUCAAAAUAUGUUUUUAAAUUAUAGACUAUGUGAAACUGACAUGCUUGAAUGAAGUUUGUUGAUUACAGAAGAUGAACAUGAAACUUUAAAUGUCACUCUAAAGCAGGAAGUCAAGACUGUCUGAAUGGGGCAAUUUUCCCUAGCUGCACUGAUUCAGUGCCAUAUCGCAGACCAUUUCCAUUCCAUUUUGGCAGCCGUUGAGCUCACCACGUAACCAAUUACAACAUCAGUUUUUUUUAUAUAUAUUAAAUAUUUCGGAAAUUUGAGUUCCAGCCCCUUUUUCGGUCAGACUGCUUAGAAACCUUUGGGAACCGCUGUUUGAUUCAAGUAGACGUCUGGCUGUUUCUCCCCAUAGUAAGCAGGAUUAAUGGAAAACAAGUGUGUAUGGAGCAUAUAUAUGGGAGGGAAAUGCCUCACAAUUUCAGAGCACUUUACAGCCCUCUUGGACUUGUUUGGUGCUUUGUUCAUAUGACUUAAGUGAGAUAUUUUAUUACAUUUUACUCUUAAAGAUGCACUGCCUUGGGAUGUGAUAAUGUUUAUGUAACUACUUACAUGUAAACUGGCAUGUUUUAUACCUUAACCAUGCGGAAGAUCUAAUGCCAUAUUCAUAGGAGAUGCAGCCUUUUGUUGGAAAAUCAGUUUUUUGCUUUCAGGCAAAUGUGUAGCAAUAUCUCAUCAGAACAGCUCUAAAAGGCAGACUGAGAUCCUCUGUUGGACCAAACUUCCAGCUGGAGACACAAGAAUUUCUUCCUGAGCUUGUCUUCCAAAUCCUAGCCCUUUAAAAGUUUGAGGAUUUCAGUGAAGGGGCCCCCACCCCUAAACACACACACACACACACACGCAGCACUCUGCAGUCAGCUCAACAACUGUUAUUUUUCUUUGUCCUGUAAACAUAAAGUGCAUAAAGUUGUUGAAUCUGUUUAUACACUAACCAUAGGAAUUUGUAACAACCAUGGAUUUACUCAGAAUAAACACUUGGUAUAAACAAUGUAUGUGGGGAAAAAAAUAUAAAAGUAAAAUCUCAGUAAAGAUAAACACAGUAUAGGAUAUUUUUCAUGUAUGUGCAGCUCUCAGACAAGCAGGAAAUAAUGGGCAGAUUCCAUGUAUGUGAUACAUACAGAAUGGAAAGAUUGUGUGUGUGUGUGUGUGUGUGUGGUUUUCACUUGAGAAUGUCAUAUUUGCAUUACAGUGGUUUAUUCAUUUUAUAAAUCAUUUACAGGUCAGUCUGUUGCCUCUUAGUGUGCUCCAUUACCAGGAAAAUGUAUUGCUGACUGCAGUUUUUCUUAAAAACACAUAACACUACACUUUUCUACAGAUGUGUGUGAGUAGUUGUGAUUAAACUUGCUUUUGUCUUCAAUUUAAACAGCUGUUUAGUUUUUCAUCUGUUCAUAUUUAUUACAGUAUAUGUGUGUUUACAACAUUCACAGAAUGUGUUCUGUGACCUUAAAACAUGUUUUAUAAACUGUAC